UAUUCCUCACCCUCACAACACCCCAGGGAGGUAGACAGUAGCAUUCCCAUGUUACACGUGGGAAAACUAAGGCACAGAGAGGCUAGGUAGCAUAUGAAGGUCACAGAGGGCCUUAGCAGAGGGUCCAGGGCUAAACUCAUGUCUUUAGACUCUGUCACCGUGUGUGUUCAUCCCCAUCCUACAGUGCUCACUAUCCACCGCGGCACCCCCUGGCCCUCCUUCCCUGCCCCCCAGGCCCCAGAAGCCUCCACCGUGUUCAACCCCCCUUCUCCUCCCUGUUCCAGCUCCAGGGCAGGCUCUGCAGGGCAGUCCUUGCCUGCCAGGAAGAGUUAACAAGGAGUGUUUGUAGCAGCCGCUGUCUCCAAGGAGAGGAGAGAAGAAAGGAGGGUGGAGAGGCCAGGCCAGGCUCCAUUGAGGUCCGGCUGGCGGUGGGGGGUGGGAGGCAGCCAGCGGGACCUGUCCAGCCCUGGAGGGGAGACAGGAGUGUCCGCACUUCCAUCUGUCCUGGCAGGGGGCGAACUCUGGGUCCGCUGGGCAGCCAAAGAGUGAGGUUGCUGCAGGGCCACCAAGUAGGGAAAGUCCUGGAAGGGACUGAGGGAUGCGGGGAGGGGGCGGGACCUGGCCAGCCUGGGGGAGGCGGCCGAAGCCAGUGGCAAGUGGCAGAACCUGAAAUCCGAGGCUCUCCCAGGGUAGAAGGGGAACCCAGAGUCAGGGAGAACCAGCCAAGACACAGCAGGUGGCAGGAGUGAAGACAAAGAGCAGGAGAGAAGAGGUGCCCACCUCCUCCUCCUCCACUGAGGGUCAAGCCAUGUCCCAGCGUGGGGGACGAGGGAGGAGGUCUGGGACCCCAGGGCCGCCAGUGCGCAGCGUCCGGCCCUUUAAGUCCAGCGAGCAGUACCUGGAAGCCAUGAAGGAGGACCUGGCCGAGUGGCUCCGGGAUCUCUAUGGGCUGGACAUCAGUGCUGCCAACUUCCUGCAGGUGCUGGAGACAGGCCUGGUGCUGUGCCGGCAUGCCAACGCCAUCACCGAGGCUGCCCUGGCCUUCCUGGCUGCGGCACCUGCCCGAGCCCGAAGGAUUCCCGUGCCUCGGGCCGGGGUGUCCUGCAAUGGGGCUGCCCAGCCAGGCACGUUCCAGGCCCGGGACAACGUCUCCAACUUCAUCGAGUGGUGUCGCAAGGAGAUGGGCAUCCAAGAGGUGCUGAUGUUCGAGACGGAGGACUUGGUGCUGCGCAAGAACGUGAAGAACGUGGUGCUGUGUUUGCUGGAGCUGGGCCGCCGGGCCUGGCGCUUCGGGGUGGCGGCGCCCACCCUGGUGCAGCUGGAGGAGGAGAUCGACGAGGAGCUCUGUGUGACGUUGGGCAAAGUUCAGAACCUCGUGAGCCACUGCACAUGCCCAGUUCAGUUCUCCAUGGUCAAGGUGUCCGAGGGGAAGUACCGUGUGGGGGAGUCCAACACCCUCAUCUUCAUCCGGGUCCUCCGGAACCACGUGAUGGUGCGUGUCGGGGGCGGCUGGGACACCCUGGGCCAUUAUCUGGACAAACACGACCCCUGCCGGUGUACCUCCCUCUCACACAAGCCAGGCAGCUUCCUGAAGCCCCCGGUCCCACCGGUGCAGCAUGAAGUGAGGGUGCUGGAUGAGCCCUGGCAGCCACAGCCUACGAUGACCAUCAGCCGCUCUCAGAGCCCACUGCCCCCUGUGGACUGGAAGACAUACACCUCUUCAGGCCGGAAGCUGAGGCCCCCCGCCUCCUCCCACACACCUCGCAGUGAAUGGCGCCAGGAGAAGCCACCCGCCCCACCUGAGAGGCAGCUGCCAGCUGGGGACAGCUCACCCAGCCCCCAAUCCUCACCCACCCCCAGGGGCCGAGACCCACAGUGCACCUCCUCAGGGAAGAGGGAGGACAGACACCCCCCUGAGCUCCCCAGGGGAAGGACUCCUACAUCUUGGGUUCAUGAGGAGACAGACAGCUGGAGAACCCAUCCCAGGACCCCCACCCCCCAGAGACUCCAAGCCCCUGAGGCUACUGCCAAAGGGACCCCAGCAAGAGGACCAUCUCCCCUGCCUCGUUACUCCAGUUCGUCAGCCAAGCCCACGGGCCCCAGGAAGCCGCCUCGGGGUGAUGCUCCCUCCCAGCUCAGGGAGCCAGUGUCCGUCCGUUCUCCAUCCCCUGUUAAAGGGCCCACCAAGAUCCCUGUCCAGCUGGCCCCUGCCCGACCUCCCACUCCAGGAGGAAGCUUUCCAGGUACUGCAAGUGGAGGUCUUACAACAGAACUGGAGAGAAGCUCCGUACCACCAGGGGCUGCCGCUGGAGGCCUGGCUGGGUCCAGUCGUGGGGACUGCUCUGUGGAAGGAAGGCAAGGGGUCCAGAAGGUGGACGUCUGGGUGACAGCAGAAGCCGGAGAGUCCCGGGGCCUGGACACGCCCCUGACCCUGGGUGGGAUCAAGAAGCCAGGCAUCUGCCAUAGCCUUGAGGAGGAGCUUUUGGCCAACAUGAAGCUGCUAGAGGUGGGGACUGCCCACCCCCGGGGCCCAGGCUCUGGGCUCAUCCCUCGCAGUGGAGUCUACGUCCCCAGCCUGGGUGGGCGGUGGCCUGAGCCUGGGGGUCCUUAUGACAAAGUCAUCCAAGAACUGGCUCAGGGCCCUCCACCCCUCAUUAAAGUGGACCUGGGCGCCAGGAAGGCUGCCCCUCCAGGCUCCCCUAAGCUGGCAGUAACCACAGGCCCAGGAAGCCCAAAGGGGAAACUGGGAGCCAGAGAGAGUGGGCCAAGGACAAAGGCAGCCCUGGGUGCCAAGGACACCAGGAUGAGGAAGGUCCCAGCUCCAGGAGGGCAGGACUGCUCAGCCCCUCCUGUGUCUGCCAGCCUGGAAGCCCCCACACCUUCGCCCUUGGACCCAAAUUCUGACAAAGCCAAGGCACGUCCAGACAAGGGCAAGAGAACACUGCGGAAGCCCCGAAGAGUACCAUCUAUCUACAAGCUGAAGCUGAGGCUCAGACUCCGGCCCCGGAGAGACCACAGGCCCGAGGAGCGGCCUUCACGAAUCCCCAAACCCCUGGCCUACCUCCGCUUGGGUCCAGCCAGGGCGCCCCCAAGCGGCAGGCUGGAAAGAGUGUCAGCGCUGGGUGGGAAGGGAGGGGAGGCAGCCCUGGUGGAUGGAGCCUGGGCAGGGGAGAAAGAGGAAGGAAAGGAGGAGAAAGAGGCAGCCGUUCCACUGGAGAGCAGACCCCCACGUUCAAAGAGCCCAGGGCCUCAGCAGCUGGAUCCGCUCCCACCCAAGGAGGAGUCCUGGGUCUAAGGAGGGGCUUCUCAUCCCAGAGCCGGGGAAAAGAAUGCCCAGUUAGCCAUUGGAAUCCCAGCCGCAGGAACAGAAGGAAGGGCCCCUCACCUCGAUACAGGGCCUUGGCCAGGAGACAAAUAGAGCAUCAAUCAGCUCAGACUAGCAAAUGGGACAACCCAUCAUCUCCACUCCAACUCCAGAACUGGAAUAGGGGCAGUGGGGCCACCCUAUACCUUAUCACCCUCCCGCAGAACAGCUCCCCAAACUCCGGUCCUUAGGCCAUGCCCACUGUUUCCACAAUUCUUAUGUUAUUAAACACGGGUGGGUCUGUC